AUGAUAGCACAACCAAGCAGCAUCCUACCGGAAGCACCCUUGGAACUACACCGGAUACCGAAAUCUGAGUGUUACCGAUCACCCUUAGCUCUUAUGGAGCGUCUCCGGUCGCUCCCAGCCUUCACCUGUCACUCCCAUCCAGAUGACAGCGCCCAUGAACCAUCUCCAACCACACCCGUUUCUUCUCCAAUCAUCGAUUAUCGGUGUUUGACUGCAUCCUCCAGCCGAUCGAAGAUCAUCGUCUCACUGCAGCAACCAUCGGGCCCCUGUUUUCCUUGA